UUUAAUUUAAACUACACUAUGUCGACACAACGUGCAUUAUAUAUUAAUCGGCUGGAAGAAAUGUUUGAAGGCUCGGAGCAACUAGCUGCAUCUCGUAGGAAGUAUCGCUGUCGGCCGGAUUAUUUAGAUAGCUAUGAUGACAUUGAGUUCAUCAAGAGGUUUCGAUUAUCCAAACCAACUUUUCGCUUCGUUUUAAAUAAAAUUUGUAACGCUUUGGAGCCUUUUACAAAAAAGUACUAUUAUAUAUCACCAAAAACGAAGCUAAUGAUAGCACUCAGAUUCUAUGCUAGCGAAAGUUUCAUAAUAACAAUAGGAGAUUUUUGUGGGGUAAGCGUAUCUACGGCAAGUCGAGCAGUAAAAGAAGUGUCUUUGGCUCUGGCCGCUUUAUACAAGGACUUCAUUAAACUUCCCACUGAUCCUACUCAGACGGUGGCAGGGUUUUUCCAAAUCGCUAAAUUCCCCAAAGUCAUUGGAGCUAUUGAUUGUACUCACAUCCGAAUACAAUCACCUGGUGGUAGCAAUGCAGAGAUUUUUCGAAAUAGAAAAGAAUACUUCUCGCUAAACGUUCAAGCAAUGUGCAACGCAAAUUUGAUGUUGUUGGAUUUGGUCGUAAGGUGGCCUGGUUCUGCACACGAUUACAAUAUUUUUCGCAAUAAUAGCCGUCUGAAGUUUUGUAUGGAGGAAGGCCAUUUCAGUAAUUAUUUCAUCCUUAGUGACAGUGGCUACAAGUAAACUAAUUACAUGAUGACUCCAUUAAUAAGUCCAUCAAAUGCACCGGAAAGACUGAGUCGCAAAUUCGCACGCGCAAUGCAAUUGAGAGAUGCUUUGGCGUAUGGAAAAGACGAUUUCCUGUAUUGUCGAUGGGACUGCGAACAUCAAUGAACACUAUAAUGGCUAUUAUAGUGGCAUGUGGUGUCCUGCACAAUAUCGCAAUACUAUCAAAAGACCCAUUUCCUCCGAUGGAUGAACUGAUUAUACCGGAAAUUCCAGAAGAUGCUGACGAAAAUAAUUCCAUCGAGAUAAAUUCUAACUCUGUUGCUAGAAACCGACUAAUACACGACUAUUUUGCUCGGUGAGUGAAUAUUUUGAAAUAGUCACGCAUUCCUCUAAUAUAAUACGUUUUUGGAUGUACAUGUGUUUAUGUUUGCGUUUCACAUUAUAAAAGAAUCAUACAAAAGGAAAGAUAUACCAGCUAAAUGGAGUCCUAACCGUAUAUGUGCAUAGAAGUAUAUUUCCAAUUUCUAUUUUUAAAUAAAAAGUCAUUCAAUUUAAAGUUUAAUUAAAUGCACGUAUUUAUUAAAAACCAAAAAAAAAUUUCAUUGCAAACUUAAAAAUAAAGUGAAGCCAAAGCUUCAACACAAAAAUUCCACUUCUCAAACAAUGACUAAACUAAUUUUGCUUACACGUUAUAUGGAAAAAAGUGCAACACCUUUAACAGGAAAAAUAAUUAAAAAUAAAGAAGAGUACCGCAACUGC